UUGCUUCUGGAGAGUCUAUGGCAGAAGACGGGAACAGAGCAUUUCUAGAAAUGCAUCCAUCCCCACUCCCAACCCCCAUGCCCAGUUCACCCUGGAGAUCUCAGAGGAGACACCAUGAGGGGGUCUGGGAUAUGGAGGCUGGCGCUCAUCAUCCCUAGAGUCUGGGCUGCUGGGGCUUGCUGUGGGGUGCAUUUCCCGAGGCCCUGGGCCUCCAGGAGCCCCUGGAUCAGCUGAGUCAGGGCCGGCCGAGGUGAAGUGGUGGCACAAGCAGACCCGUGCUGGAGUACUUCCAAGCCCUGGCCAGGCUUCCUGAGAACAGAUCUGAUUCACUGUGGAGACUGAAUGUCCCUGACUUCUGAUGGCCCCUUUCAAGAAAGGACCCCAAAGAUGUGGCCUGCGGGGUCUGGGGCUUGUCAGCACCACCCUCCUCCGUACACACACACACACACACACACAAACACAUACACACAUGUCCCUCCCACAUGUGUGGGCUUGCUCCCACGUGCGCAUGCUGCGCAUGCCCCCUGCGACCAGGCUGUAGGACCAGGCUGUGCCUGGGCUUAUCAGCUACUUCCCGGCUUCCUCUGCCUGGAUUCUUGCAAGCCCGGAGCCCUGGGAUCCUGCCUUCCACGUGGCUUCCAAAGACCACUCAGAUAAUGAGAGGAAAUGCAUGAGGCUGCCCUCAGCGCUCCUUGCCAGCUGUGGCUGCCCCUCGAGAUGUGCCCUUGGAGCUGCUGGAGCCUGCCCGUGACGCUUCUCGCCCUGGUCUGGGGCCCAGGGUCUGCUGAGGAGGCGUUUGAGGUCCGUAUGUGGCCAGAGCGGCUGGCCUUGGAGGCCGGAGGGUCCGUGGUGAUCAACUGCAGCACCAGCUGUGUCCAGCCUGAGGGCGGAGGCCUGGAGACCACCCUAGCCAAGGAGUUGCUGGACCAGCAGCCUCAGUGGGUGCGGUACUCGGUGUCCAACGCCUCUGAGGACACGGACGUCCUCUGCUACUUCACCUGCGACGGGAAGCAGCUUUCGAAGUCAGCCGGUGUCCGUGUGUUCUACCCCCCCAAGCAAGUGCUGCUGACGUUGCCGCCCACCCGAGUGGCCGUGGGCAGAUCCUUCACCAUUGAGUGCAGGGUGCCAGAGGUGGCACCCCUCAAGAGCCUCACCCUCACCCUGUUCCGUGGUGAGAAUCUCCUGCACAGCCAGACCUUCGGGGAAGAAACAACAGACCCCCAGGAGGCCGUGGUCACACAUAACUCCACGGCUCCCAAGCAAGGAGGCUCCCACAACUUCUCCUGCCGGGCGGAGCUGGACCUGCAGUCCCUGGGUGGGGGCCUCCCGCGCAGUGUCUGGGCGUCUCAGGUGCUUGAGGUCUAUGACCCCCUCAAGCUAGUGCUGCUGACGUUGCAGCCCACCCGGGUGGCCGUGGGCAGCUCCUUCACCGCUGAGUGCAGGGUGCAGGCGGUGGCACCCCUCAAGAGCCUCACCCUCACCCUGUUCCAUGGUGAGAAGCCCCUGCACAACCAGACCUUUGAGGAAGAAUCAACAGACCCCCAGGAGGCCGUGGUCACACACAACUCCACGGCUCCCGAGCAAGCAGGCUCCCACACCUUCUCCUGCCGGGCGGAGCUGGACGUGCUGUCCCCAGGCUGGGGCCUCCCGCACAGCGGCUGGGCGUCCCAGGAGCUUGAGGUCUAUGAGCCCCCACAGGACAACCUGCUGGUCGUCAUCAUCGUGGUGUCCUUGCUGCUCAUCUUGUUUGUGACAGCCGUCGUGCUGUGCUUUGUCUGUGGCCAGCAGUGGCGCCAGAGCCGGACAGGCAACUACUGGGUGCAAGAUGCCUGGAGGAACCUGCGGGGGUCCCACCAGGCACGUCCUGUGUGAGCGCAGCGCCCACGGAACUGGACCGUGGCUCCUGGGCUGUGGUCCAGCUCCGGCUGAAGGAUGGCGACAAGCAGCAGAGGACUCUGGGGACUCACUUUCUAGCUCAAAUACAAACCCCUGGACUUAGCCCCGAGCCGCACUGUCCUCCUGAGGCAACACUCACGGGCCAGGAAGGGGACCUGCUGGGCCUGGACUUCUCUCCCUCCCCCCCUCCCAGGGCCCAGGCCCUGGGGUACCCCGAUGCUGAGCAGCUGGGGAACCAGACCCCGCCUUUGUGGGGCCCUGAGUGCCUAAUCCCUCCUGGAGGAAGGAGGGGGACACGCCCCGGCUUGGCAGGGCAGAGAGACCCUGUUCCCACAUCACCCUUCCGGGACUUCAGCCCCACCUGGUCUGAGCAGGACACAGCCCUGACUUCUCCUUUCUGCCAAUGGAGUCAGCUUCCUGGGUUGAGGGGCCUGAGGGACCCGGCUCAGCUCCAGGACCCUCCCAGCCAGGCCUCUCCAUCACUCUGGGCCUUCAGAGCAAACGGAGGCCCAACGGAGACCCCACAGCCCUGGCCAUGCCAGAGACAGGGGAGAGAGGGGCGGGGAGGGUGGCCCUGGUGCCCAGGCCUCCCCCUGCCCAGGCAGGAAACAGUGGGCAGAGCGGGCGCUCACGGGCCUCGGGCCUGGGCGGUGCUCUGCGGGCUCCUGCUCCAGAGCAGAGCAGGCCAGUGCGAGGGGCUCAUUCACUGGGGCUGGGGAGUGGG